AUGGCAAGACCAAAAAAGGUGAAUUAGCGUCUCUGAGGAAUUGUUGCAAACGGUACAGUUGUCAUUCUCUUUUCGUCCUAUUUUAAGUAAGAAAUAAUCGGUUGGUUGAUGCACCUAUGUAGUAGUUUAAGUUGGAACUCUAUCAGUUUGGCCGGCUUAGCUUUUUGCCUACUAGAAUAAUUAUUAUUGCUGUAAUUUUUAUGUACAGGCAUACUGCAAGGAAAUGAUUGCAAGAAAACUGGUGGCUCAAGGUUCUCAGCAAGUUUCAUCCAGCGUCAGUUCUGCUUUUCCAAUUGCUGCAGUUGCCAUAGGGGUGUGGUCCAGUUUUCCUGAUGUUGGUGAUCUUAUUCUAAUGAGGUUCUACGAGGAGUGCCCAUUCCUGGUACCAUUUUAUAUCCCUAAGGCGGCUGGGAUGACAGAUGUAGAGUACUUUACUACUCUUGGCCAUCUGUGUUCAGAUGGUCAGGUUGAACAAAAAGACAAGUACCUCAAGCGCAUGACUGGAAUUGUUCGCCUGUAUGCGGCAAUUAUCUCCUCCUUACCCCCACCGGGACAAUCACAACCACACCCCCAUGGGCCUCAAAAGGGAUGGACUUGGCUGGCAAGAAUGUUGAACUUAGAACCCCGACCAGACUACACUGCUACGGCUCUUUAUGAAUUCUUAUCCGUUGCAGGGCAUGCACUGAUGAAACAGUACAAGAAACAGUUUGGCAAGCUACUCAACGCCUUGGUGUUAGACUAUGUACCCAAGAUUGUGAAUGUUACCGCAAAUGAACUGAUUGGACCCGUUAGUAGAUUAAAGAUCUUUCUGGAAAAAUGCAUCAAGGAUCAGAAAAUUCCUCUGCCAGAAGGGUACCUCACACCACAAUGGUGGCGAUCUGCUAGAUUUUAA